AUGAGGAUUUAUAUCUGUUUUACGUAAAACGAGUUUUUAUCCCACACGACCGAGGACCUCGUGUUUGACUGGGAGCCGGACGUACCCCUUGAAGUGGGCGACAACAUCGAGCUCCCGCAGUUUGACCUGGUGAAGAACUACACUGCUGACUGUACGCAGGUUUAUGUCACGGGCAACUUCACGUGCCUGGAAGUUGUAUUCCAGCUGAAGAGGCGCCUCGGAUAUUACCUCUUUCACACCUACAUGCCCACCUGCCUCAUCGUCAUCAUGUCUUGGGUGUCGUUCUGGAUCAAGCCUGAGGCGGCGCCCGCCCGCGUCACGUUGGGCGUCACGUCGCUCCUCACGCUGUCUACGCAGCACGCGAAGUCGCAGGCGGCGCUUCCCCCCGUCUCCUACAUCAAAAUCAUCGACAUGUUCAUGUCCACUUGCACGGUGUUCGUGUUCCUGGCGCUGAUGGAGUACGCCCUCGUCAACGUGGUGCUGGGCGACGGGCCGGAGCGACCUCCCAAGAAGGGGGGGACGAAGUGUCACAAGUGCUACCUCAUUCCGCAUCUCUGUUCCGACAAAGAGAAUGGGAGACUCGGUGUUUCUAACACUGCCCAUUCGUCCCUUGGUCGGACGUCACGAGGAAGGACCAGCAGCCACAGUCGCAGCAUUCAUGAUAAUGGACCCGGUUCCCAGACCCCCAUGUAUGGUACCUUGGCACAUGGUUCUCCUACCCACGGUGGUCACGCUCGCAGCAGCCACGCAACGCUGGAGAAAAGUAGCCUGGGUCGCGGUACUCUGGACCACAUGAGCCUGAGUCGGGGAACGCUGGAUCAUCUCAGUCAGGAGCGCGCCACUCUCGAUCACAUGAGCCUGAGCCGCGGAACCCUCGAUCACAGCAGCAUCGGGCGCGGGACACUGGAUCACGUCAACAUGAGCCACGGGACGCUGGAACACAGCAGUCUGGGUCGCGGCGUAAUGGACCACAGCAGUCUUGGCCACGGAGUGAUGGAGCACAGCAGCCUAGGACGCGGGGUCAUGGACCACGGCAACCUGAGUCGUGGAGCCCUGGAACGCGGCAGCUUCAGUCACGGGAGGCUUGACCACCUCAGCCUGGGGCCCGGGACACUCGUUCACGGCAGCCUAAGUCAUGGCACCUUGGAUCAUGGGGGUCCCUGCCAUGGGACGCUGCGCCAUGGAAGCCUCAGUCACGGAACAUUGGUUCAUGGCAGUCUCGGUCAUGGGAUUCAUGACCACAGCAACCACUGUCAUGGACCGCUGGACCAUGGGAGCCAGUUCCUAGACCAUGGCAGCCAGUUCCACGGAACAAUGGACCAUGGGGGCCAGUGUCACGCCGCCCUAGAGGAGGUGAGCCCGUGUCUCGGAACGCUGGACCACAGCAGCCAGUGCCCCGCGGCGCUGGACGGGACGAUGGAGCAUGAUCGGCUCAGCCAUCAUGAGAGACUGAGCCACGGGACGCUGGAGAGAGGCAGUCUGAGCCACUCGACCCUGGACCACGGUCGACUCAGCCACGGGUCGCUGGACGCCGCUACACUGAUGCGCGGGGAGCUGGAGCCGAGCCUGAGCCAGCUGACGCUGAGCCACGGGACGCCGUCGCAGAGGUCGUCGCGCCACACGUACCGCUCGCUCAGCGCACCCGCGCACGACCACGUCGCUCGCGACAACACCGCGGCAGUUCAUGACAUCUCGACGCAGUGUAAUUACGCCUACGGAGACAUGCUGUGCCCCCCCCUUCCGAGUGUGCCCCCACCCCCGCCCCCGCCCGCGCGCAUGCCCGGCCCAACCGCGGCGCAGAAACGGCGGGCGAGAGCCAUCUUGGUGGACCGAUUUUCUAGAGUGUUCUUCCCCUCAACGUUCGGCCUCAUCAAUGCCGUCUACUGGAUUAUAUUUUGGCUGUAUCUUUAGCAGCAACGCAACUUGUUAUUUCUUUUUAGGGUGUAGUUUAAGGUCCCUCUCGAAACGACUAAACUGUCCACACGCAGCUGAGGAAUCAUGUGGCUUGGGUGGGUCACAGGGAGGCAAGACAUUUUGUACAGAUACUAAACUAGAAUUUGUGUGACCCUACGCCGAGCACCGAAAUAAACCUUUUCUUUAAUCGUAUCUAGUAAAUCUAUUUAGUAAAAUAUAUAACGUUUUACACGUUUCUGGUAUAUGAAUAUAUGUAAACCGGGCGUUUUAUCUGGAAGUCGAAAUUAUGUUGCAUGUACUUUAAACAGUGGUUGUUUCCGAAUCUC